CACUUGAGAUUCCAGCAGCAGAGGUGUCACAGCCGGGUGGGGUGAUCCUGGCAUUCAGACCUGCCACUGGGUAGCCCGAGGCCAGCCACAGGUGACACGAGUCUGAUGGAGGAGACGGCGCUGGACCCCCUGCUGGCCAAGGCCGCCGGGGCCGUGGAUGGGGAGGGCGCGCCGCCCGGCGGUCCCAGCGCACAGGCGGCCGCGAUGAGGGUCAACGAGAAAUACUCGACGCUCCCGGCCGAGGACCGCAGCGUCCACAUCAUCAACAUCUGCGCCAUCGAGGACAUCGGCUACCUGCCGUCCGAGGGCACGCUGCUGAACUCCCUGUCCGUGGACCCGGAUGCCGAGUGCAAGUAUGGCCUGUACUUCAGGGACGGCAAGCGCAAGGUGGAUUACAUCCUGGUGUACCAUCACAAGAGGGCCUCGGGCAGCAGGACGCUGGCCAGGAGGGUCCAGCACGGCGACACUGCCCCGGGGGCGCGCAGCGUCAAGCAGGACCACCCCCUGCCCGGGAAGGACAGGCCGCUGGAAGCAGGCUCGCCCGAGCCCCCGAUGGACUACCACGAGGAUGACAAGCAGUUCCGCAGGGACGAGUAUGAGGGCAACCUCCUGGAGGCCGGCCUGGAGCUGGAGCGGGACGAGGACACUAAAAUCCACGGACUUGGGUUUGUGAAAAUCCACGCCCCCUGGAACGUGCUGUGCAGAGAGGCUGAGUUUCUGAAGCUGAAGAUGCCCACCAAGAAGAUGUAUCACAUCAAUGAGACCCGUGGCCUCCUGAAAAAAAUCAACUCCGUGCUCCAGAAGAUCACGGACCCCAUCCAGCCCAGAGUGGCCGAGCACAGGCCCCAGACCAUGAAGAGACUCUCCUAUCCCUUCUCCCGGGAGAAGCAGCACCUAUUUGACCUGUCAGAUAAGGAUUCCUUUUUCGACAGCAAGACCCGGAGCACAAUAGUCUAUGAAAUUUUGAAGAGAACGACAUGUACCAAAGCCAAGUACAGCAUGGGGCAAGGCGAGGGAAGAAAGAAGGACUCCGCCCUUCUAAGUAAAAGGCGGAAGUGUGAGCAGUACGGCAUCACGAGCCUGCUGGCCAAUGGCGUGUACUCUGCUGCAUACCCACUGCACGAUGGGGACUAUGAAGGCGAAAACGUGGAGUUCAAUGACAGGAAGCUCCUGUACGAAGAGUGGGCGAGGUACGGCGUCUUCUAUAAGUACCAGCCCAUCGACCUGAUCAGGAAGUACUUCGGGGAGAAGAUCGGCCUGUACUUCGCCUGGCUGGGCGUGUACACCCAAAUGCUCAUCCCCGCCUCUGUCGUGGGCAUCAUCGUGUUCCUGUACGGCUGCGCCACCGUGGACGAAAACAUCCCCAGCAUGGAGAUGUGCGACCAGAGACACAACAUCACCAUGUGCCCCCUUUGCGACAAGACCUGCAGCUACUGGAAGAUGAGCUCAGCCUGCGCCACGGCCCGGGCCAGCCACCUCUUCGACAACCCGGCCACCGUCUUCUUCUCCGUCUUCAUGGCCCUGUGGGCUGCCACCUUCAUGGAGCACUGGAAGCGGAAACAGAUGCGGCUCAAUUACCUGUGGGACCUCACAGGCUUCGAGGAGGAGGAGGAGGCUGUUAAGGAUCAUCCCAGAGCCGAAUAUGAAGCCAGAGUCCUGGAAAAGUCUCUGAGGAAAGAGUCCAAAAACAAAGAGAAGCGCCGGCACAUUCCAGAGGAGUCGACAAACAAAUGGAAGCAGAGGGUUAAGACAGCCAUGGCGGGGGUGAAAUUGACAGACAAGGUGAAGCUGACCUGGAGGGACCGGUUCCCCGCCUACUUCACCAACCUGGUAUCCAUUAUCUUCAUGAUCGCAGUGACGUUUGCCAUCGUCCUUGGCGUCAUCAUCUACAGAAUCUCCACGGCCGCUGCCUUAGCCAUGAACUCCUCCCCCUCCGUGCGGUCCAACAUCAGGGUCACGGUCACAGCCACUGCGGUUGUCAUCAACCUGGUGGUCAUCAUCCUCCUGGACGAGGUGUACGGCUGCAUAGCCAGGUGGCUCACCAAGAUCGAGGUCCCAAAGACGGAGAAGAGCUUCGAGGAGAGGCUGAUCUUCAAGGCUUUCCUGCUGAAGUUUGUGAAUUCCUACACUCCCAUCUUUUACGUGGCUUUCUUCAAAGGCCGGUUUGUGGGACGCCCGGGCGACUACGUGUACAUUUUCCGCUCCUUCCGCAUGGAGGAGUGCGCGCCGGGGGGCUGCCUGAUGGAGCUGUGCAUCCAGCUGAGCAUCAUCAUGCUGGGGAAGCAGCUGAUCCAGAACAACCUGUUCGAGAUCGGCAUCCCGAAGAUGAAGAAGUUGAUCCGCCACCUGAAGCUGAAGCGGCAGAGCCCCCCAGAGUACGAGGAGCACGUGAAGAGGAAGCAGCGCUAUGAGGUGGACUACAACCUGGAGCCCUUCGCCGGCCUCACGCCCGAGUACAUGGAAAUGAUCAUCCAGUUUGGCUUUGUCACCUUGUUCGUCGCAUCCUUCCCGCUGGCACCGCUGUUUGCACUGUUGAACAACAUCAUCGAGAUCCGUCUGGACGCCAAAAAGUUCAUCACCGAGCUCCGAAGGCCGGUGGCUGUCAGAGCCAAAGACAUCGGUAUCUGGUACAAUAUUCUCAGAGGCGUUGGGAAGCUCGCCGUCAUUAUCAACGCCUUCGUGAUCUCCUUCACGUCCGACUUCAUCCCGCGCCUGGUGUACCUCUACAUGUACAGCCAGAAUGGGACCAUGCAUGGCUUUGUCAACCACACCCUGUCCUCCUUCAACGUCAGCGACUUCCAGAACGGCACAGCCCCCAAUGACCCCCUGGACCUGGGCUACGAGGUGCAGAUCUGCAGGUACAAAGAUUACCGGGAGCCCCCAUGGUCAGAACACAAGUACGACAUCUCCAAGGACUUCUGGGCCGUCCUGGCAGCCCGGCUGGCGUUUGUCAUCGUCUUCCAGAACCUGGUCAUGUUCAUGAGCGACUUUGUGGACUGGGUCAUCCCAGACAUCCCCAAGGACAUCAGCCAGCAGAUCCACAAGGAGAAGGUGCUCAUGGUGGAGCUGUUCAUGCGGGAGGAGCAGGGCAAGCUGCAGCUGCUGGACACCUGGAUGGAGAAGGAGCGCAAGAAGGACGAGCCGAGCAACAACCACAGCCCCAGAGCCGGCCCGGACAGCCUCGGCGGCGGCCCGGCCCCCGACCAGACAUACCACGGUGGUGUCCUGUAGCCGGGCCUCCGACCAACGGGCACCCCUCCCCGGGCAGGCGGCUUCUGGCCCCACCAGGGCCCGGUGGCUCCUGUGUUUUCUGCAAACACGAAGGACCCCUUUCUGAUAGGACAACAUUUUUUUUUCUUCUGUUUUUUUUUUUCCUUUGUUUUUGCACAAAACCAUUAUGCAGGGAAUUUUUUUUUAUCUUUAAGUAUUCAAGGUGAAUCAAAAUGAUGGCUGGUGAUUGGGCAAUAAUUACAUAUAGCAAAGGCAGGUGCUUUGCGGAAACAAUUCUUGGAAACCUUGAGUUUCUUUGCAGGGGAGGGUGAGCAGAGGCCCCUGGAAAUCCUCCUUUUUAAUCCUUCUGUUGCCUUACGGUAGAUGCACAAUGGUAUGCCGGGGCACUGGGCAAAGUGAUGUUUCGGGGAGGACCGAGAAGCCAAGAAGGAAUAAUGAUGUUGACCUCGGUUCCCAAAGGGGUCACCUGCCUCUGUGGAUGACUUUUAAUCAUCUUUGCCUUCGGUAAUUUCAGAAGCUGAGACACCCCGGUCAGAGAGAGAAGUGCCCCAUCCCUGUCCACACGGGGUGUAUGGGAGUGUCCAGUUCACUCUUAGCGGACUAGGCAGGUGCGGGUGUCCCUGCUUAAGCAGGUCACAGUACCCUUGGCUUUGCAGCCCUUGCAGGCCCCUCUAUCCGCCGCACCCCUGCCCCCGUCACACCGAGCUGACCUCAGAGUUGUUCAUCUUCCUUGUGGGACAAAACCAGGUGACGGGAAAGUGGGCAGGGAGAAGUUACCUCGGAAGCAUUUUUAAGGUUGGCUUAAGGAUUUCAAGAUGUCUUAAGACUUCCAGGGUGGCAGCUCGUUCGAAGCUUUAGAAUAUUUAUUGGUAUUUUUUUAAAUCAAUUAUUUAGUAGAUUUGAGGAUUUUUUUCUGUAGUUCAAAGGUGGGAGGAGCUUAUUUUAUUAGAUAACCAAAUAUCAUUGAGAGGAAUUUGAAAUACUGUCACUACCAAAGAUUUUUAUUAAUAAAGGCUUCUAUUUUGAUAACAUUUCUCUAUAUUUUUACUCACAGGGAUGUCACUGUUAGACAAUUAUCAUUUAAAAAGCUUGUAAAAACAAGUCUCAUACAUGCUAUGAGCAAUCUAAAUUUGCAGCAAUUACACUAACCAAUUCUCUGAAAUUUCUCAAGCACCAAGAGAAACAUAAAAAGAAAUGUCUCAUCGAAGGCGGGAAGAAAAACUGUGAAUAUGUUUGUUUUGAACGUAUCCUUGGUGCGAUGCUGACAUUCCCGCAAUGCGCUGCCUGAGAUCCAAGUCCGUAGGUGUCUUGGGUUUCCAUUACCAGCUAAAAUCAUGCAAACUGAUGCUUCUGUUUUCUCUUGUACAGUAAGUAGUUUGAAAUGGGGUUUUUGUAUAUAAAUAUUGUAUUAAAAUUAGGUGAUUACCAAAAAUCCUUUUAUGGAAACCAUUUUUUUAAAAGUGAAUGUACACAAAUCCACAGAGGACUGUGGCUGAACAUUCAUUGAAAUAAAUUUGAAUACACGA